AUGUCGUCCACCUCGCUUGUAGAUCCAUUUCCAGCAGAGAAGAAGAAGAAAAACGGAAAGCGGGGUCCAUUACCAGGAAUCUGGAGUGCCAAAGAUGGACCUGGCCCUGCGAAGUGGCGACGAGAUAACAAACAAGCUGGUAUACACGGCCAGGUGCGUCGUAAAGGCGAGAGAGAUCCGAAGAAGGGUGGUCUCAGAAUGAGCCAAGAAAUGGCGAAUACUCCAAGAUAUAAGAACGCCCAGGGACUUCCUCCCUUGGAUCCCGAAGUUGGAGAGAAAAUGGAGAAGAGGAAGAAGGCUGCUAAGAAGGAGGGAGACAAAGCAGCGAAGCAAGCUCAGCAUGAGAGGAAGGAGAAAAAGAGUGACAAGAAAUGCGCGCUCAUGUAG